CCCGGCUCAAACGCGGCGGCUGGCGGCCCGGCGCAGGAAUCAUGGCCCGGACGCCGGCCUGGUGCUGGGCCGCGCUGUGCGCGCUGCUCUGGGCGAGCGCCCUGGCGCUGCAGGGCGGGAUGCUGUAUCCCCGCGAGAGCCCGUCGCGGGAGCGCAAGGAGCUCGACGGCCUCUGGAGCUUCCGCGCAGACCUCUCCUCCGCGCGGCGCCGCGGCUUCGUGGAGCAGUGGUACCAGCGGCCGCUGCGCGAGUCCGGUCCCACCCUGGACAUGCCUGUGCCGUCCAGCUUCAACGACGUGGGCCAAGAUGGGCAGCUGCGAAACUUCGUGGGCUGGGUGUGGUACGAGCGGGAAGUGGUCUUGCCCGAGCGAUGGACCCAGGAUCUGCGCACAAGGGUGGUCCUGAGGAUUGGCAGCGCCCAUUACUACGCCAUUGUGUGGGUGAAUGGGGUCCAUGUGGCAGAGCACGAGGGCGGCCACCUCCCUUUUGAGGCCGACAUCAGCAAGCUGGUCCAGACAGGGCCCCUGUCCUCCUGCCGUGUGACCAUCGCCAUCAACAACACCCUCACCCCGCACACCCUGCCGCCAGGGACCAUCCUCUACAAGACCGAUACCUCCAAGUAUCCCAAGGGCUACUUCGUCCAGGACACAAACUUUGACUUCUUCAACUAUGCGGGACUACACCGGCCUGUGCUGCUCUACACCACACCUACUGUUUACAUCAAUGACAUCACGGUCACCACAGGCGUGGACCAGGACACUGGGCUGGUGAAUUAUCAGAUUGUCAUCCAGGGCAGCCAACACUUCGAGCUACAAGUGCGACUCCUGGACAUGGAAGGCAACGUUGUAGCCCAGGGGACAGGAGACGAGGGCCAGCUGCAGGUGCCCAAUGCCCACCUCUGGUGGCCUUACCUGAUGCACGAGGACCCUGCCUAUCUGUACUCACUGGAGGUGAGGAUGAAGGCACAGACUGGGAUGGGACCCAUGACCGACUUCUACACGCUUCCCGUUGGGAUUCGCACUGUGGCCGUCACAGAGAGUCAGUUCCUCAUCAAUGGGAAGCCAUUCUACUUUCAUGGUGUCAACAAGCAUGAGGACUCGGAUAUCCGGGGCAAGGGCUUUGACUGGGCGCUGCUGCAGAAGGACUUCAACCUGCUCCGCUGGCUGGGGGCCAACUCCUUCCGCACCAGCCACUACCCCUAUGCAGAGGAGGUGAUGCAGCUCUGCGACCGCUACGGGAUCGUAGUCAUCGACGAGUGUCCUGGCGUGGGCAUUGUGCUGGCUGAGAGCUUCGGCAACGUGUCCCUGCAGCACCACCUGCAGGUGAUGGAGGAGAUGGUGCGGCGAGACAAGAACCACCCGGCGGUGGUGAUGUGGUCAGUGGCCAACGAGCCCUCUUCCUCCCUGCAGCCCGCAGGCUACUACUUCAAGACGGUGAUCACCCACACCAAAGCCUUGGAUCCCUCCCGGCCAGUGACCUUUGUGACCAACUCCAACUAUGCAAUGGACCUGGGGGUCCCCUACGUGGACGUCAUCUGCGUGAACAGCUACUACUCCUGGUACCACGACUAUGGGCACUUGGAGGUGAUUGAGCUGCAGCUGCGAACGCAGUUCGAGAACUGGCACCGUGCCUAUCAGAAGCCGAUCAUCCAGAGCGAGUACGGGGCCGAGACCAUCCCAGGACUACAUGAGGACCCACCUCUGAUGUUCAGCGAGGAGUAUCAGAAGAACCUGCUGGCGCGGUACCACGCAGUUCUGGAUGAAAAGCGCAAAGAAUACGUGGUGGGGGAGCUCAUCUGGAAUUUUGCCGAUUUCAUGACUAACCAGUCACCACAGAGAGUCGUAGGGAAUAAGAAGGGGAUCUUCACCCGCCAGAGGCAGCCGAAGAGCGCAGCGUUCCUGCUGCGGGACCGGUACUGGCAGCUGGCCAACGAGACACGUGACCCCAGCGCAGGGCUGAGGUCCCUGUGUUUGCAGAGCAGCCCGUUCACCGUAUAAGGCUGGGACUGCCUCUGCUGCCAAUCACUUGCAGACUGAAAACACGUCUGGUUUGGACUUUAGUGUGCUAGAAGGGGGUGUUACAGGUGACAAUAAAGCUUUUCUAUAACCUGAA